AUGGCGCCCAAGUCACCUCCCUCGCCAACCCUCUCACAACUACCUCCGGUGCCAUCGAGCCCAACCUAUUCAUACGCCUCUACCGCAAAUGCGAACCUGUCGCAGUUCAACCUGCCACUGCCGCCUCCGCCCAAACAGGCGCAUGCUGUCCUUACCAAGCACGACCUUGAAGCAUCGCAGGCCGCAUAUGCAGACCUCCUCUCCUCCGCCAAGGCCUUCCGUCUGGCCCUUACUUCACUUUCCACUGCUGCCUCCGCCUUCGGCUCUGCUCUCGAAUCUUGCGCCCGUCUAAAAGAAGCCCGCGCCGAACAGAUCGUGUCUGCUCCCUCCGAUCGAGGUGGUGGAAGUCCGGUACAAGGCGGCCAGGGUCAAGGCGGCGGUCCUCCCCCGCUGUUGAUGGCCAAUAGCUUCACCUCUGCAGCUCAGGGCACCACAAAGUCCACCUGCACGGCCGACACCCUGCUCACCGUCGCUGGUUUGCAGCACCUCGUUGCCAACCACCAGCACAUUCUUUCCGAGACGGUCUACCGCUCGUUCGAGGUACCUCUUCUCCACGAGUUAGACAAGUGGCGUGGCGCGGUUGAGGAUGAAGAGGAGAGUUAUGCGAGCGCGGUGGCCGUGCAGUCCAAGGAGAUCAGACGGUUGGAGAAGGAAGGGAUGAAGCUGCAUAAGCAGCGCAGAAGGGACGUGGCCAAGUUCCGGAGCCAUCUCGUUGAGUUGACCACUAAGUUGGAUGGUCUUACAACGCUGCAUGGCGAGCAUUCCAGGACACUCUUGAGGGAGAGUCAAGACACCAGCGCCCGUAUCGUGGAAGCAAGCUGUUCGCUCGUCCGAGCCGAAAUUGACAUUUUCGAGAGUAUGGCGCGGAAGGGGUGGACAGGUGGUGGACUUGAGGAUGUGCUGGAACAGGGUCAGGAUCUCUUCGCCAGCGAGGAUGUGAUCGCAGACAGGACCGUGGGACAUUCUGACGGCAGGUUUGGUGGGGCAGGAGGCAACAUCGUCGCAGGCGGUGCCGGCGAUGGCGGCAUAGCGAGCGGCGGCGCUGGCGCUAUUCACUCUCCCGAUAACCAAUCGACAGUCGUCUACUCUCCCCGCACACCCCCACGAGACAAGGACACGGAGAGUGUCUUCUCUUCUGAAGGUGCCAACCGUCCGCGGGGACCACGCCCCUUCUCCCCUCAACCACAACCUCUUGCUUUAAAUCCCAAGUCCCUCUUCGGUGCCUCCGACCCUCCAUCUCCCACUGCCGGGCCCCGAGAGAACGACGAAAGAGAACAGGACGCUCUCUUCUCUCCACUCGGCAACCAAUCCCUAACUCUCCCUCUCCCCGGUAGCCACAGCACUGCUGACGGCGAUGACGACGAAGAUGACGAAGCCCUCGUCUCUCCCUGGCGCGACCAGAUCCCCUACCGCUUCCGCCCGCCUACCGAGCCGGACGAGGAACAACAACAACAGCAGCAGCAACAGCAGCAGCAGCAGCAGCAGCAGCAGCACGAGAUUCGGCCACGAAGCAACCAAAGUAGCAGCAAGCGAAGCAGCUACUCCGGUCGCCUUAGCAUCUCGCUAGGCAUCAACCGGAGCCUGACCGGCAGCUCGCUGCAGAGGCUACAGCACCCGUCUGCCGCAUCCACAUCCGCCCUUCCCUCCGAGGAGCACGAGCUGCGAGACGGGAGCUGGAGCUACAGCGGGCGACCGGGAUCGGCGGGUGGGUUGAUGAGUUUUGUGUCCGCCUCCAGAAUGGAUGUCGCCACCGGCAGCAGUAGUGACGACCAGUACCAGAGCCAGGACGAGUAUACCAUUCACGGCAGAAAUUGGCCGUUGCUACCAUCGGCGAGUCACGACCACGAUGAGGUCGAUGAAGAACUGGCUCUGGCUCGGAUACCUUCUACACCAUCCUCUACUGGUGAAAGGACCAGGAGGUGGAGUAUGGAUACAGAUACCAGAACCGCAAGUCCAACGGCCGCCAGCCGUGAUCCGAGCAGGAGCCUGAUGAGCCUUGUUGACGUUGAUAAGAUUGUUGGUAGAACGAGAAGCAUGAUUACGAGCAUGAACAUGGGUAUGAAGAGCACAAGCGCGAGCAGCAGGAGGCCGAGCACCACACGUACCUCCAGGGACUCCGGGAACUCUAGGGACACGAGCGCCGCGAGUCCUGUUGGG